ACCGAAGAGUCUUCUAAAGUUGGAAACUUAGUUAACUUUCUGAGUGCGCGGUGCUGGGCCUUCAAAAUGAGAAACAACAGCAGAUUAAAUAUUGGCCGGCACCAUGGUUACUUUUUAUUGCUUGGGGCUCUGGCAGUCACGUUUUCCAGCUAUUUUGGACAAGUGAUGGGUAUGCCAAGUGAUUUGAAUCAAUGGCCAACGUUUCCUAGAAGGAAUAUAGCAGCUUUAGCUCGAGAUGGGUAUCUCAAGCAUUCCAUGCCUGGUUAUAAAAGGAGCAUCUCGACUCUUGCGAAAAAUGGCCAAUUGCCUACGUUCCGAUCGCCGUACGACGAAACUGAUAAACAAGAACAAGACGAUGACGAAUCUCACGAAAAAAGGAAUGUAGCUUCCAUUGCACGUCUUAGAAGUUAUGCCGCAAUGAAGAGGAAUAUUCAAGCUUUAGCCAGGGAUGGAUAUCGCGCGGGCAGAGGACAGUACAAUCAACCAAAUGACAAGCGCAAUCUAGCUUCGUUGGCUCGUAAUGGAAUGAUUCACAAGAAAGAUGAGAUUGGUGGUGACGAAUAUUAUUUCCCAUUUUAUCAAAACCCCAUUCCCCCUCUAUCAGAAAUAGAUGGGCCAUUCGACUUUAAUGAAAUGUACGACUUCCAACAGUCUAUUAAUCCUGAUAUGAUGCCACCUUUGUCACAAGUUUUUAAGAAAAGUGAUCCUGCUUGGGCCUUGCAACUUGAACCCAGUGCAGCUGAUAUGGAAAAUAAUUUAAACUUCAAAAGAGGAAUUAUUGGAAUGCCAGUUCAUGGCCUUUACAGAUCUGUAUUUAUAGAACCCAGUGAGGGAAGUGUGAGAAACAAACGAUACAUAUUAUCUUUGCCUGAUGUUUUGGAUCACAAUGAUAUUAAUGUUCCAGAAAAUACUGAGAAUACAAAUGAUGAUGAUAAGCGUUCUGUCGAUGAAGAUAACGAUGUACGUGAAAAUUUUGAAAAGCGUCAUAUCGGUUCAUUGGCUCGGUUAGGUUUGCUUCCGUCCUUUAGGUUUUCGGGAGGUCGUUAUAGCAGAUCUGGAAGAGCCAGAUUGCUAUUGCCCAGCCAAGAAUUGUACAGGAAGCAUUCCUCUGACGAGAAUUUCGGAAUUAGGAAAUAUAUCCCUGGUGCCGAAAUUGACGUCGAUCCAGACGACGCCGACGUAUCGUCGUCGGCAGUAUCUUCUUACUCGCACCCGACAGGAAGGCUCCUCCACAGACCACUAAAUAAUGAUCUCCCCACCGUAUCCUCUCCCCCAUUGCCCCCAGCACCUUACCCGCGACCAAAUUUCAUCGACGCUCUAACUAAGAACAGCUGGCAAUCCAAUAAAGAAGUUCCCAAAUUUUACCACUUUAGGUCUUUGAAAGUUCCGUAUCACACGUCAGGGAAGAGGUAUCUUCUAUUACCGGCUGUCGACAAUAUUCUUCUCAGGAAGACCUACCGCAACAGCAGCCUUCCGAGUCGACGUAAGAAUCAGUAGCUGUGCCGGUGCCCCCUGGGUGAAGCCAGGUUACACAGUAAUGUGAAAUGAACUGUGAAGUGAUAAAGUAAAUG